AUGCCAGAUGCUAAUAAACUAUUUGGCAUCGACCUCUCGCGCUCUGCAAUGGAGUCCCCUCCAGGAAUUGCAGCCUUGUUCGUCAUCUCCUUCGACAUCAGGACCGGUUAUGUGGUCUCAUGGAAGCGAACUGCACCGGGAGUCGAGAUUGAAGGAGUGGUGGAAUACAAGUCGCUCCCCUCCGGACUACACAAUGUGACGGAAGACCUGGUGUACUUCGUCGAAGACCGAUAUGCCGGUAUCAGCGCGUUCCUUAACCGACCCGCCGCCGAGGUAGAGCGCAAUGCGCGCAUGUUCGCAAUUGGAGUGCUGGUUCCGCUGAGCUCAGGAAGACUUGGAAAAAGCUGGAGACACGCAGCGAAGCUUAAGGAGCUGGCAUUGAAAUAUGCCGAGAAUAUGUCUGAUUUACAACCGUUAUUAGACUACUGGGACGCUUUCCAGAUUGGAGGUACCGAGUCAGCCAUUGACUCUCCUAUCGAUUCACCCUCAAGCCUUCGGUUCCGACCGGGAGACGGACCAGAUACUCGCAACCGAGCAUUCAGUGAUGCAAUGGUUUUGGAGACGUUGAGGCCGGCCUUAACGCCUUUCCACCCUGCAUCCUCUCUUCCAGCCUUCCUAGAUUGCUUUGGACCAUUGAUCUUCCCAUUAUACAGAGCGGCACUGUUGCGUAAGCGUGUCCUCUUUAUGACCGAAGCACCGGUGCAUACACCGUGUAAUUAUGUCUAUGAUCUGUCAUUACUCGCAUCUCUCCCCAACUCUCUUCUUCAAACCCUCCCCACAGAUCGCACCCCACCAUUGCGACCCCGCCCCCUGUUCAACGUUGGCAUUCACGAUAUUCCCUUUCUCUCUACCUUUGACCCAUCGCGAUCAGACUUUGAUACCGAGACGGAUCCUAGCUGGAUUGCUUGUUCGACGGAUAGUGUCCUGACCAUGAAGCCUGAUCUCUAUGAUGCACUCGUCACUCUUCCCCCGCCAUCCUCCAAACAAGCUACCGAGCGAGCCUUCCCUACUAUCAGUUUAAUAGACCACGCAAGCACAAAACACAACUCAAGUCAGGCAAUCGAACUCAAGGCCACUCAACGGGAUGCUAGGCGGUACGCCAUGCUUCGCAAAGGCUUACGGCAGUUCGCACAAGACCGGUCUGCAUCAGAUACAGAUCACAGCUCCGAUACAGAGUCGACAUAUUCAUCAAGUCCGAUUGUUGAGCCGCUUUCCUGGACCAGACUGGCUUACACAUCAUUCAUCUGGUGGGCCUCAGCGGGCGAGAACCGCGACGGCCUAUCGGAAGAAGAGGAGGAACAUCAAAUCGAACAAGACGCCCGACUUCUGGCAAGCGUGGAGAGUCUUGCGUACCCUGGCCCCAAUUCCAAUCGUAGCCGCUCAAUGCGUGCAGAUGAAACUAGCCAGGAACCUGCCGAAGUGGCGCUGGUAGCCUACUUCCGUCGUCUGACUACCCAAAUUUUCUACACACUUGCUGGUGCCAUUGCUCGGCAUGAUCAUGAUGGCGAGGUCGAUGCUUACGCUGAUGCUCCUUACCUUGAUGAUCCUGCUGACGAUGAAACCGACCUCUCCCUUUCGCAUUCACGACAGUCUAUUCCCAGCGAUGAUGGUGAAACACCUCUUCUCCGCCAACGGGCCCACCCGCAUACCACAUCUCGUCACGAGUCCGAUGCAGCGCAUCAUGACCACGAUACCGAAGAUCCGAUCAACAUCACCGUUGCCGAUAUGGCCGAGAUGGGCCUUGACGUAUGGAGCGCUACGGACAGGAUCUUCGUCGAGGAGCUUGUAUCCCUCUGGUGGGGACGCUCAGCAUACGUCGAUACCGCUCGCAUUCGGUGCUGCGGUCUAUCCAUAUUGUAG